GCCAAGUAUCAUCUAUUUUUGCUAAAAAUGAACAUGUAUCCUCUAUUUUUGUUGACAGAGGGUGCAUAUGAUAUGCACACAAAGUAAAAUGUACUGUACAUAAUUAAGUUUAAUUAUUUCAUAAUGUACGUACUAAACCUGUUUAUGUCCUCUCUCUCUCUUUCUCUCAGAGUUUAUAGUGAUCAUCUCUCCCACCAUAAAUAUAUCGCGUUUUCCCAAUGCUCUCUCAUCUCUAUAAACAUAUAUACACAGAGACUUGAAUUGUAAAAUUAUUAGUGGAAAUGGAAGGAGGAGCUAUACACGGCGGCAGAGCAGACGCCUCCGCUUGCAGAGACUGCUUCUCCCUUGCAUCCAACAAUCCCUUUGUGCUCCGCCUCGCUUUCUCCGCCGGCAUCGGAGGCCUCCUCUUUGGCUACGACACAGGUUUUGUUAUGACGCCCUAUAGUCGGGAGAGUGUUUGUUGGCCUUGGCGUCGGGAUAGCUUCCAUGACCUCGCCACUCUACAUCUCCGAGGCGUCUCCAGCAAAGAUCAGAGGCGCCCUCGUCAGCACCAACGGAUUUCUCAUCACCGGCGGCCAGUUCCUCUCUUACCUAAUCAACCUUGCUUUCACCAAGGCACCCGGGACAUGGCGGUGGAUGCUCGGAGUGGCCGGAUUGCCGGCUCUACUGCAGUUCAUACUGAUGUUGCUCCUCCCAGAAACGCCGCGUUGGCUUUACAGAAAGGUUGGUCCAAUGCAAACCAAAUCUCUGUUGAUGAAGCUGAAGCAAUAUUAAAAAAGAUAUACUCGCCUGAACAAGUUCUUGUUGAGAUGGAAAACCUCAAGGAGUCGAUUGAGAAAGAGGCGGUUGAGAAUUCGUCGUCUGAGAAGAUCAACAUGGUGAAGCUGCUACGGACAACAACAGUUCGAAGAGGGCUCGUGGCCGGAGUAGGACUACAGGUGUUCCAGCAGUUUGUGGGCAUAAACACGGUCAUGUACUACAACCCCACGAUAGUUCAGCUAGCUGGCUUUGCAUCGAACCGGACAGCACUCCUGCUGUCGCUUGUCACUGUAGGGCUGAACGCGUUUGGCUCCAUCGUCAGCAUAUACUUCAUUGACAGAACAGGAAGGAAGAAGCUGCUCAUCAUAAGUUUAUGUGGCGUUGUCGUGUCACUUGGCCUUCUAUCAGCAGUGUUUCAUGAGACUGCAUCACAUUCACCAGCCGUCAGUGCAGCAGAGACAUCACGCCUUGCUCCAUACACCUGCCCCGACUAUCAGUCAGCAGGGGCGGACCCUUUGUGGAACUGCAUGAAGUGCUUGAAAGCAGAGUCCCUAAGCUGUGGGUUCUGUAGAUCAGCUAAGGACAAGAAAGAAAUAAUGCUUCCCGGAGCAUGUUUGCUGUCGAACAACACGGUCAGGGACAAUAUCUGCCACGGAGAAGGCAAGGCAUGGUACACGAGGGGAUGCCCGAGCAGCUUUGGCUGGUUAGCCCUAGUUGGACUAUCCCUGUACAUCUUAUUCUUCUCACCUGGAAUGGGCACAGUUCCGUGGAUUGUCAACUCCGAAAUAUACCCUCUUAGAUUUCGUGGCAUCUGUGGAGGCAUUGCUGCAACGGCAAACUGGAUAUCUAACCUGAUCGUUGCACAGUUUUUUCUAUCCUUAACAGAGACAAUCGGCACUUCUUGGACAUUCCUUUUGUUUGGAGUUAUUUCAGUUGUAGCUCUGGUCUUUGUGCUGGUUUGCGUGCCUGAAACGAAGGGCCUUCCCAUUGAGGAAGUCGAGAAGAUGCUGGAGGGGAGAGCUCUACAGUUGAAAUUCUGGGAGAGGUCUGAUACACCGAAGCACAACCUGCAAAUAUGAAAAGACAGGCUUGUCC